UUAAUUACUAUAAUUACUAUUUAGUUAAACAAACUUUACAAAUAUGUCAGUCAGACAUAUCGCACGACUAUUAUGUUUAUCUAUUUUCAAUUGCAGUGAAUUGAAGUCAUACCAACUGUUUAGUCAUCAUCAUCGGUGUCGACAUCAUAACAACAACAACAACAGCCGUCUAUCUAUCAUCCGAUGUGCCCAUCAGUUAUCAAUUGAAAAGAUUGUCGACGAAUAUCAAUCAAAAACAGUUAAAAUAUUUGUUGACAGUUAUACCAACCGUGAGGGUCACGGAGUCGGCUGUGUGAUUGACAGAAGCCGCGGACUAGUGGUCACCUGUGCUCAUGUUGUCGAGGAUAUACAUGAAGUGACUGUCGAAUACAGACUGGCAGACCUAAAGUUAAGAGACGGCACCCGAACGGCACGGUUAGUGUAUGUCGAACCGCAAAACGAGUUGGCGCUCAUACAGAUCCAGUACCAACCCUACGAUAGAUUACUGGCACUGAACGGACUAACCGAUUAUGGCUAUAGUGCCGAGCGAACCAAUUUUGGUGAAGAAAUACUGUGUUUAGGUUAUCCAGUGUCAUGGGCAUCAAUAGUACCGAUGACCGGCUGUAUAAUGUGUCCCAGAAGUUUGCAAUCACAAAAAUUAUAUGAUAAAUAUCGGGAACCGGAUACUGUCCACUGUGAACACAUUAGCGGUUUGGUGGCCGGCUUUUCGGGCGGUCCGGUCAUUGACGAAACUGGUCAGUUGGUCGGUGUUGUUCACUUGAAAACUGAUUACUUUAAAAACUUUAGCAUUACAUCCACACAAUUGUCGGAUUUUGUCACCAAUGCUCAGGUGUUUCGUGAAAAACAGUUGGAUACCAGAAAAAGAUGGGAAUGGGUAAGGGAUAAACAGAUACAUAAGCUGGUCACUGGUAAUACUAGCCGUACCGGUCGUGUCAGUGGUGGUGGCGGUGGCGGCGGACAACUGGGCGUCGAAAUCUGUUGGUAUAAUAAGCGACUGAUUGAUAUGUAUAGGACUUUAUGGAAAACUGAUAGUCGAUUUGUUAAUGUUUAUCAACAAUACAAUCGAAACGGUAUAUUUGUCUAUCAAUUGUUCAACAAAACAAAGGGAAAUGCCAGUCUACUGGAUUUUGACGUAAUCAUCAAAAUCAAUGGCAAACCUGUUGAGUCUAUUGACGACCUAAGCCGGGCACUGGUAUCAAUGGAUACUGAUAUCCCGUUGACUAUUAUUAGGCGCUUUCAAGAAAAAGACAUCACUAUAAGUGGCGAACAAUUGAUUAAUGAUUUUAAUUAUAUUUAG